AGGCCCGGAUGUGGGGUGUGGUGAAGUCAUCACAACAUGGCGGCUGCUCGCAGCGAAUCGCAGCUGGAAGAAACGAGCACAGAGGUUUCACCCAACCCCAACGAUACCGUGCCGAUCGCCGAUUGCAACGCAGUAAAUGAAACGACGGGAAUCCCUCGAGAAGUGAGCGAAAAAUCAAGCAACUCAGAAAAACAGUUGAAUAACAACACCUCCCCUGAGGACCAGAAUCUUGAAGAAAACAAUUGUGAUGAGAACACCACUGUGAGGUCACAAGCCAAUGUCCUGCCAGAUUCUUGCCAAACUUUUGACGUCUCAAGUCACAUUGCUCAAACCAAAACAGACCUAGUCAACCAUUUAUCCAGGGAAAAUUCGCCGACCUCAGAUCACGACAGUGUCGGUCUUGAAUCGUUUCAAGACAGUAAAAGUGACAGUGACAGCAGUGUUGAUUCCUCGUCCGUUCUUAGUGGGACACCUAAGAAAAUCCUGACCGAGAAAUCGAACAGAAAUCCAACCACUGGACGGUCAUUGAAUUCAAUUGUUGCCGCUUUAUACAGUAAUAAAAAAGGCCUAACACUGCCAAUUGGUGCUACAAGUUGUACAGAAAGUUCUAAGUUUUCAGUGAAUGGUGCUGCCUCUAGUCAAACAAACUCUCUCAGUAUGACACACAUUGCCAAGCGGACGCCAGAAAACCUCAUGAACUUUUCUACCGCCAUACAUGACCAUAAUGGUGCUACUGGGUUGCUCAUAAAACAGAGAACGGAAGCUCUGGAGCUUGAGGCAGAGGCUUCACUGCCCUCGCUGGAUUCCCCAGAUUUAGAAAGGUGCCCAAAAUGUGGUUUCUACGAGGGAGAAAUCCGCACUGACUCUGCUCUCCCUUGCCAGGAAUGCCAGAUGAAAUUUACAAAAGCAAUUCAGCUUAGUCAUAAAACUGUUAGUGGUACCAAAAAAGUGCCGGUCCAGACCGAGCCAGUAGAUCUGUCUGUUAACAAGUCUCAGUCACCAGGUGCUCCAAAAGUUGUCUCAGAUGGCCCCUCAGUCCCCCUCCUGUCAUUGCAGAGGAUAAAAGAGGCUCAUUUACAAUUCCAAGCAAGAGAAGGGUUCCUAACCAGAAAGAGGCCAUAUCCCACAGAUUCCUCCUCUCCCAUUCCGCCAUCUUCCCUGGACGAUGAUGGUGCCAGUAGCAGCAGCGAAGAGAAACCCUCACAAGCCAAGUGUCGGAAAGUACACCGAUGUGAAUUUGAUGGCUGCAAUAAAGUGUACACAAAAAGCUCACACCUCAAAGCUCAUUACAGAACACAUACAGGUGAAAAACCUUACAUCUGUACCUGGGAGGGUUGCACGUGGCGGUUUGCGCGAUCUGAUGAACUGACGAGGCAUUAUCGUAAACACACAGGCGACAAACCAUUUAAGUGUCACAUAUGUGAUCGUGCAUUUUCGCGCUCUGACCAUCUUUCCCUGCACAUGAAGAGACAUUGAGGAAGCAUGGCCGGACAACAUUUUUCUUGAUGAAUAGCUACACAUUGUUGUUACCUUUGACAACGAGGCUUCCAUUUUUGCCUUGUCAUGGGCCCUGGGUUGGCUUUGGCAUUUAAAAUGCCAACUCGCCACUGUUUUAUCUGCCGUGCUAGACAUGGUGGCCGCCUUUGGUCAAAACUUCCAUUAUUGGUCAUUACUGACUCUGGCUGAUUUCUGAGCUGUCAGAAUAUGUGAUCAGGACUUCCAUAUAUGGCCAAGGCUACCAUGUAAGGGAUGAAGGGGGAGGAGCCAGGUUGCAGUGAUUGUUUGAUUGACAGGUUGAUUGAUUGACUGUGAAGUGAUGAAAGUCCAAUCAGAAGAAGAUGCAGAGUUAGCAAUAAUAACUGACAUCUGUGAUUGCAGCUGUUAACGAAAAGUCGUCUCCGCGACUUGAGCCAAGAGAGAGAUCAGAGCGAAAAUGAAAUUAUUUUCAAUGUAAAAUCAUAUGCAUGAAGUGUAUGUGCUUCCAUAACUGAGAGACGUAGACACGGUGUCUACUGAUUUGAAAACGAGCUAUAAUAUAUUUAUUCAUCCAGUAUUAUCAUCAUUAUUUGGCACACCCGUUGCCAAAAAUCAAAAGUGUAUGUUUUUUUUAUGUUGUGUUGUUUUGUACUUGUCGUGUAGAGAGAAGGGCCAUAAGGUAGAGAUGUAGGGAUGGUCUCAAGUUUACACCUAAUCACUGUCACAUCAAUGGACACUUAAGACUACUGCAGUCAUCUGUUGUUUGAAAGCACGAAAGCAUAAUAAAUAGGUAAUUAACUGUAAUAGCAAAUCCUCUCUAGUCCGAGAGCCAUGUAUUGAAAAUGUCCAUGAUGUUAAAAGAAUUAGAAAGUUAAACUGCAAAUGAACACCCGGUUGCGUAGUUAGUAUUCAUUAUAACAUCUUCAUAAGUCUUACAACUUGAGGCAAAUAUCCAGAUUUUAACAAAGAUGAUCUGAUCAUUGUUUUUUCCUGUUUCAUAUUGAAAUUUUGAAUGGACCAGUUUCUUAACAUAACGAUUCCGUUUUCUUGGAAAAAUGCUGUAAGGUUCAAGAACAGAUUCCAUCAGCUUGCAAAAUAUCUGUUUUUUUUUACAAUACGACUGCUUCCUGCAUCCACUAAGAAGUGCCAUAGAAUGUCUGUACAUGGAUUGCAGCUAAAAACAAGAAUGUCACCCAAAGUUCCAGUCAGUUUAGAUUCCUUGUUUUAGCAUAACCACAACGUGUGACAUGACAUAGUAAGAGGGCAGUAGAGAGAUUCUAAUACACUGCAAGACUGAAACUGAGUUAGAUAUUACAGAAUCAUAAAAAUACAUGAUCUACCAGGCUUUUCAAAAACAGAUACAAUGGAAUGUCUAAUCAUGAUUUUCUACAAUGUUUUUUUGUUUUAUUUAUUUAUUUAUUUUUUACAAAUUUCUGUCACCAAAAAUGUGAUCAAUUUAUUAUAGCAGUCAGAAAAUGAAAUAAGUGACUGAAAUUAAGUUAAGGCAGCAUAAUCAUGUAUAGGAACUACACAACAGGAAUUAUACUAUUCAGGUCAGCUAAAAAGGAUACAUUUCUGAGGGUGCAUUUUUAGUUUUGCUCUCUCUUUUUCUGAUAAAUAUCAUUCUGCCAUGGUUCUUACUAAAUUCUUGGUAUUUAAACUAUAUUGUAAAGUUUGUAUGUGCUGUUGUCAUGUCUUUUUGUGCUGACAAAUAUUCCACACACUUUUUCUAUUUUUAGCAAACUAUAACGUGCACAGCUUUAAGCUCCCUAUUGUAGUAAAAAAUUACCUGCUCACUUAUUGCACAGACAAGUUUAAGAAGAAGCCAUUCCAUUGGGCUUAUGUAUUGUGUUGUUGGAAUUAAUUAGUGUGCCAUUUUUGAUAGUAAUACAAGCAAGAAUUCCACUUCAGAAGGCCAUUUGUUUUUAGUACUGCAGAAAUUUUGACCCCAGUUACCAUGUGUAAACGGGGCUUAGUAUCUUAUAUAUAGCAUAUAAUUGUACAAGUGCAUUUUAGUAAUUAUUAUAGUAUUAAUAUUCAUCUUGCAAUUUUAUACACUUUUGAUUGAUGUAAUUGGUGCUAUUGUAAUUAUAAAUUCAUAAUAUAACUUGUUAUAUAAUUAUGUCAUAGGUAAACUUUGGAUUGGGAGUGAAUGGUUAUACUUUUGGGGAUAUUUUUACAUUGGUUAAUUGCAUCUAUAGGCAGUCUUAUUAAAGUGCAGUUCUCUACACAAAGCUUGUAUGUGAAGACUUGGUUGAAAUUGUUAGAAAUGGAGAUUGUAAAAUUCCAAGUCCUGUGUAUUUCAUUAUUCUUAAAAUCUUGCCAUGUUUGCUGUUCUGCUGGUAUGCUGGCAUUAGAAAUAUUUUAAUGCUGCAAUGUUUUUAUUUCAUUGAUGCCUAAAGGUAGAAAAAACUCGGAUUCAAACACCUGAGUAAUAAUGUCUGGUGUAUAUAUUGUAAACUUCUUUUAUUUAUUGUAAUAUUUCAAUUACUGGCAGAAGCUUCAGAAGAAAGGUAGAUAAAUGUUGUCUUUAAGGUCAAUUUAACAGACUGAUGAACUUAUAUUAUCAGUCGCCAGUCUCCUUGAAUUUGCCACAGAUUAUCCAAAAAAACUUCUCCAGUAAGUUAGGACUACCCAGUCACUUUAUCAUUGCCACAUUAGUGAAUUAGAAACAGUAAUAAUCUCCAGUUUCCUUGCUUUUGCCAUGUAUUACCUUAUAUAACUGUCAAGAUGUAGUUAUGUGUUUAGUUAAGAGUAUCCUUUAACUUUUACAUUUGCUGCUGUAGCUACUGGGCUAAUAUAGAUCAGUUAAGUAAAGAAGUUAUGUAAUAAAAUAUAGUUCCCUUGCAUAUGCUGGAAAAAUUGAGAAGCUUACUCAGUUGAUGUAUUGAGGUCUUUGCGAGUUUUGUAGCAGUUGUGAAGUAAGGGUCAGAAAAAUAAAAAGACAUGCCAAAUUAUAGCAAUAUUGGAACAGCAUGUUCUGUAAACAGAGUUGCUACAACCAAGUGUACACUUUAUUGAAAGGGGGGGGGGGGGGAGGGUGUCUUUGAUGGGAGGCAACUCCUAUUUUAACCUGUACAGUGUUGUCACAUAUUAGCUUAACACAGUUGAUAUCUGUAAAUUAUUGGAUCAGUAAUAAUUAUGUAUUCAGUGAAAGAUUGAUAUAAUAUUGAUUGAUUGAUGAAUUGAAAUGGACCAAGUUGGGAUUGGUCUAGUGUUGUGGUAAAAUAAACAAAAUUGAAACAGAUAAAA